UUAUCAAUAAAAAGAGGAGUUUGAUUAUUAUUUUUUGUCCUUCGAAAAUACAUGAGGAAUUAUAGGAGUUAGAGUGACACAUUGCCCUUAACCAUAAUAAUGGAUUCACUCACCGCCGAAUCCCUCUCAUUUCUCUCCAAACCCUUCUCCUCCGCCUCCCCCUUUCCCAGACCUACAGCUCUUCUUCCCUGCCGCGCAUUCUCCGUCUCCGCCCUCCACAUGAGCUCCAAGGAGGCCAAGCUAUGGGGCGGCCGCUUCGAGGACAGCGUCACCGACGCCGUCGAGAAAUUCACCGAGUCAAUCUCCUUCGAUAAAGCCCUCUACAGCCACGACAUUAUCGGAAGCCGCGCCCACGCCUCAAUGCUCGCUCAUCAGGGAUUGAUCACUGACGAUGAUAGGGAUAAGAUUCUAGACGGUCUCGAUGUGAUUAGGGGCCAAAUUGAGCGGGGAGAGUUCGUGUGGAGGACUGACCGAGAGGAUGUGCAUAUGAACAUCGAAGCCGCGCUUACUGACUUGGUUGGCGAGCCAGCUAAGAAGCUCCACACCGCGCGCAGCAGAAAUGAUCAAGUUUGCACCGAUUUUCGCCUCUGGUGUCGGGAUGCUAUUGAUGCCAUUGUUUCAAGGAUAAGGAAACUUCAGGCUGCGCUGGUGAAAUUGGCUGUGAAGAAUGAGAAUCUGAUAGUUCCGGGGUACACUCAUAUGCAAAGGGCGCAGCCUGUUCUUCUGCCACAUCUUCUUUUGGCGUAUGUUGAGCCGCUUGAACGUGAUGCACAACGCUUGCUGGACUGCCGUGCAAGACUUAACUUUUGCCCCCUGGGUGCCUGUGCACUAGCUGGAACUGGUUUGCCCAUUGAUAGAUUUAUGACUUCCGAAGCUCUUGGAUUCACAGGCCCAAUGAGAAACAGCAUUGAUGCAGUUUCAGAUCGAGAUUUUGUUUUGGAGUUCCUUUCUGCAAACUCCAUUACAGCAGUCCACCUUUCUCGCCUUGGUGAAGAGUGGGUGUUGUGGGCAUCAGAGGAAUUUGGCUUUAUCAUUCCUAGUGACUCUGUUUCAACUGGAAGCAGUAUAAUGCCUCAGAAGAAGAACCCAGACCCAAUGGAACUUGUCCGAGGGAAAUCUGCUAGGGUUAUAGGGGACCUGGUUUCACUUCUUGUGCUGUGCAAGGGUCUUCCUCAUGCAUACAACCGGGAUUUACAGGAAGACAAAGAACCUGUGUUUGACAGCGUCAAAACAAUAAUUGGAAUGCUCGAAGUGUCAGCAGAAUUUGCUGAAAAUAUAACUUACAAUCAGGAGAGGAUAAAGACUGCUCUACCAGCUGGUCACCUAGACGCAACAACACUUGCAGACUACCUUGUUAAAAAGGGAAUAGCAUUCAGAACUUCUCAUGAUAUAGUCGGAAGAUCUGUUGCUUUCUGUGUUUCAAGAAACUGCCGUCUUGAAGAUCUGAGCCUCGAUGAGCUCAGAAGCAUAAGCCCGACAUUUGACAAGGAUGUGUAUGAGUACGUUGGAGUCGAGAAAGCAAUAAAGAAUUUCAGCUCGUAUGGCUCCACUGGCUCGGAAUGUGUAUCCAGCCAGCUAGAUUAUUGGAUUGCUAAGUUAGAAUUGAGUAGGUAGAGGAAGGGCUUCGUUUACUUGCUAUGAUCUACUCUAUUUUUUGUUUUUGUAUUCUAUUUCUAUCAGAACAUCUGUUGUAAGCCUAUUGGCAUAAACCGGACAGAACUCAUUUUUGAUGAAUUAUUGAAUGAGUUUGUAUUAUACUUA